GGGCUGUGAAAAGUCAAUCUUCAAAAAGAACAGCAGUCAUGUUUUGAUGUCACUGAGGUUUCUAAUUUUUAUGCUCUUUAAUUACGUUCACGUAUGUGUUGCACUUUUGCCAAAAACUAUAAAAUUCAUCAUUUUUGCAGCAAAAACAGAGUGUUUAUCAAAAGUAGUUGCAGCGUGCAAACUCACCCAGAAGAAUCUGAACGAAAAUAAGUCAAACAUUUGGCAAUUGAGAGACAACAGUGUUAAGUGAGAAAGCAAAAAAGUAAUUACGUGUACUCAUAUUCCAUGAAAUUUAUCAGUAGAUUGUUCUUUGUAAUCUGCUAGAUAUUCAGCGUUUCAGGUGAAUAAUAUUACCUUGCGAAUAUCAUUUGAUUACAAUGAGCAGCCAGAAACCAACCGCUACGUCCCGAUUGAAACAGGAUUAUAUGCGUCUGAAGCGAGAUCCUGUGCCGUACAUAACUGCUGAGCCACUACCGUCAAAUAUUCUGGAAUGGCAUUAUGUUAUAAAUGGGCCGGAAGAUUCACCAUAUCAUGGGGGUUACUAUCACGGGACGUUACUCUUCAGUAAGGAGUUUCCAUUCAAACCACCAUCUAUUUAUAUGAUAACACCAAAUGGACGGUUUAAAACAAACAAACGACUUUGUCUUAGUAUAUCUGAUUUUCACCCUGAUACUUGGAAUCCAGCGUGGUCGGUGGCGACUAUAUUAACUGGUUUGCUCAGCUUCAUGCUGGAAACGACACCCACAUUAGGCUCAUGCGAAUCGACUAUUUAUGAAAAGCGGAAACAUGCCCGUCGAUCUUUGGCAUUUAAUAUGAAAAAUGAAGUAUUUCGAGAAUUGUUUCCGGAAAUCUGCGAAGAAAUCACUGAACGACUAGCACAGAUCGAAGAACACCGGAAACAAAAUGCAGCCAACAAUAACACUUCUAGUUUAACGAAUGGAGCUGCCAAUGGCGUGAUUCCUGUCGGUUCGGAAGGACUUGAAGCGGAAGCAGGGGAAAGUGGUUCAACUGGCAUCUCGAGCGUUGACGACAGCAACAACAUUUGGCAUUCCUUGUACACAAAUUUAAUCGUGCUGAUCGGAUUUGUCAUAUUUGCGUUGAUAGUGCAUUAUGUUAUCAAAAGCAUGAACAUUGAAUGAUUGUAAGCAUUCUGGUAAACAAAGCGAAGAUACUGUUUUUGUUUUUUUCCAAAUUCGGGCGCUAAUAAUUUCAUUGUAAAACGGUUAAGUUAUAAAAUAUGUUGAUUAUUACUAUGAACCAAUUAACACAAAGUUUGACAGUUUAAAAAAAUGGAGUCAUAAGUAUAACAUUUUAGAUGGUAGUACUGCAGCCGGAUCUUUUUAAGCUAUGUUGUACGCUUCGUGCAUAUGGAUAGAGUCUAGAUGUUCUAAAUAACGACGGGAUUUGCAUGUCGUUCAAAAUGUAGAUAAAUAUACAAUAAACAAUAAAAACCUGAUUCCGCAUUCGAGCUGAGCUCUCUUGGAUGAUUAUUUUUCUUUGUGUGCCCAGAAAAAGUUUUCUGUCAAAUAGCUAACUAAAAAUCCAAGAAUGGAGUAUGACUGGUUUAGCUAUCAUUAAUCUUGCCAACCAUCCAGUCAUUUCCCAAAAAUAAAAGAAGCAAUUGUGAAGUACCGGAGCGAUUUCAAAACGUAAAACUUGCACCAGUUAGCAAACUAGAAGCACAUUUUGACAAUAUUAAAACUGCAACCUGAUAUGGUUUAUUUACUAGACCAUAGAAUCUGAGCCAAUCACGAAAGAUGUGUUACCAGUAUUAUUUUUAAAACUAUGAAGAACUGCUUACAAUGAGUGUUUUGUCGGUUCUGUAGUGUAUACAACUACAUAGUAGGUAACAGUAAGCAGUUUCAAUACGCACUACGUAACCUCCUUUAACUAUCUGUCGGUUACCAAUAUAUAGUAAUUUUUAUUGUAACAAAGAUAUGCUUGAAAUUUGACACUGCUGGCAAAAAUCGGCCAAGUAUCUUGGAACAAGUUUGAUAGACAUGGUUUUUAGUUAGACAACUGUGAUAUAGCAAAAACAGAUGUUUACUUCUACUAGUAAUUCUGAUGAAUUCGAAAAAAUAUAUGACGAAUGAAUAUUUUAGUUAUAAGUAGGUUACUUAUUGUUUCAAUUUGUUCUAAGCAAAACUAAAAACGUCAUUUUAAAAUAUGACUAGAAUUCAGUUCCUUUUUCCGUCAUACUUUGUCAAAUUUUAUCGAAAUUCUUCUGACUUGAAUAUGGAAUAGAGGUAAAUACCCUUGAAACACUUUGAACGUAUUGUUGUAGAUAUAAAUUUGAGAAAAGUGGAAAGAUGGCCAAAAUAUUACCCUUUUGGAAUUUUCUUGUAAACAAACGAUAUCAGUAAACAAUAAAUUAAUAUUGAUUGAAAAUAUAGUAAGGAUUGCAGAUUAGCUGCUAUUAUUA